AUGAAGAUUAUUCAGAAGUACAAGUUGACACCUCCGGACAACUGCUCAUCAACAGAGGACCGUCAAUUGCGCCUUGCCACUCGAUUCGUCAAUGAAGCAUUGUUGUGCUUGGAGGAGGGAGUCAUUUCUGGACCUACCGAUGGUGACAUCGCAUCCGUAUUUGGCAUUGGAUUCCCACCAUUUUGGGGUGGUCCAUUCCGAUUUGUGGAUCUUUACGGAGCGAAAAAACUUGUGGACUCAAUGAACAAAUAUGCUUCAGUGUACACCUCUGACCAGUUCGCUCCUUGUCAACUUCUGAAGGAUCAUGCACAAAGUGGAAAGAAGUUCUAUCCUUAA